GUUAAAUCCACGAGUUGAUGGGGAAUGCGUCUGUCAAAUAUGCCAGACUGUACACUGACUUAGCAUACGAUGGGCCCAGUUGCAACAGGGGAUUCGGAAUAUGUGCGGAAAGCAUUGCGAAUCGCUGGUAUCAUCAGCUUGUAUUGGGUUGUUUCCAUCUCCAUGGUGUUCGCCAACAAGCAUUUGGUGGGUGGAGAGAAAUCUGAGGUAGACAUGAUUCUUUUCAUUGCCUGUUACCAGUGCUGCAUUGUGGUAGCAAUGAUCUGUUUAGUGACGUGGUUCUCACGCUGGAUGGGAUGGCGUCGCAGAACGGAGCUGAUUUCCUCGAGACUGCUGCAUCGAAACAUCAUCAUAUUGUCGUUGACAUUCGUCGGUGGACUUCUCUUCAACAGUCUCAUGCUCAAGCACAUUGGAGUCGCGUUUUACCAAGUUGCUCGCUCCUCCACCCUGAUUUUUGUGGUGAUAUUGUCUCAUUUUCUCCUCGGAACGUUUAUUAAUAUUCAAAUAGCCAUGUGUUGCUCUGUGGUGGUGAUGGGGUACUACUUGGGGGCAAGUCAGGAGGGUAUCAUUGGAGAUCAUGUCCCAUUGAGAGGCAUCUGCUAUGGCUUGGCAGCAAGUCUUAUCAUUGCAUUAGGUGGAACUUUCAUGAAAAAGUCAGAAGACAUUAUGAACAAAGACUCUCUUAGGUUGACAUUUUCGUACAACUUCAACAGCGUAUUUAUUCUGCUUAGCCUUUUAUUAAGCACCGGACAAUUCCGAACUGUUUUCAGAUCUGAGAAAAUGUACGACCCAUGGUUUUGGUUAGUAUUGACAUGUUCCGGGAUUUUAAGCUUGUUAAUAGGUGUGGUGAGUGCCUUACAGAUUCAAGUCACCAGUCCUACUACCCAUCAUAUAAGCAUCAGCGCCAAGUCUGUCACACAAACUGUCAUGGCCGUUCUUUACUUCAAUCAGACCAAAACAUUCCUCUGGUGGCUAGGUAAUUUUCUGACAAUAUUCGGGACUGUCAGCUAUGCCAUGGUGAAAAUGCGAUCUGAAAAAUGUAAACAAAAGCUAGACCUCGAAGUCAGACCACCAUCAAAAUAUCAGAAAGAUUUACAAUAGAAAUACUACAUUGAAGAAUACCGUUUCCAAGUCAAACUACAAACAAAAGUGCAGAAAGAUUUGCUAUAGCAGUACUAAAUUGAAGAACAUUUUUUUAGAGUUCAACCCUUCAAAAAAGAACAGAAAAGUUAACUGUAGCAUUACAACUUUUAUACCGAAGAAUAGCACUUCAAAACAGCAUUGAAGUUAUCUGAUGAGAGCCAGCAGCACACCUAAGAUUGUGUUUUGAUAAUUUACUAGUAUUUACGAUACGUAAAAAAAUGUUGUUUUUUUUCCUGAUGUUCUUUUUCCACAAAACAAUUGUAGACUAUUUUUAAGAAUAUCAUUUCGAAUGAAAGGUAAGGUUGUCUGGUGAGGGCCACCAGCACAUUGUUUUUAAUUUAUUUACGACGUAAAAAUUUUUGGUUUCUGAUGUACCUUUUCCACAAAACACUUGUAUAAAAAGUGGCGAUUCUACCCUAAACGUCUUUUCACGGUCAAAGUUUAAAAGCUCAAUACUCUGCUCAAGAAGAUCAUAUUGGGAUGAUACGUAUUCUAGUUAAGCGUUUGUUAUUAAAGCUAUGUGUAUAUAUGUGUACUGUAAGGUAGAUCUGCCCAUAAAACUGUCAUGGCUAUAUUUAUGAAUAUAGAUCAGGUAAGUAAAUACUACACUGGACAAGUUAAUGAUUUUGGAAAGAACCAUUCAGUGUCCUUUGCAUAUGAAAGGCAAAUUAAAACAGUGAAUUAAUUAUACACAGAGGAAUGUACAUGUUAACACUUUGGGUUGAUACACAAAUUGUCAUCCAAUAGCAACACCAGCUUCUAAAUAUUUACUUUUUUCACAGUUUCUUAGGAAAGGGGUCUGGCAGCAACCUGUGGAUGGACGUGGGUUUCCACCGAGCGCUGCCCUGUUUCCCCCCACCAUAAUGCUGGCUGCCGUUGUAUAAGUGAAAUAUUCUUGAGUACAGCGUAAAAACACCAAUCAAAUAAAUAAAUAAAUCUUAGGAAAAGGAAAAUCAUUAAAGUCUCCUGUCUUUGGUAGUCCAGAGCUGCAGUUGAAAAUGAGAAGGUGGAGAUAAGUGUAGGUCAGCACAUCUGACAGAUAAGUACAUGUCUCAUGACAGUACUAUAUACCUAUGUAUGAUAUUUCAGCAGUCACAAAGAUAAGGGCAAUAUACGGUGGAGUAUUUAAUUUAAUUUUAUUUUCGUUUUUCAGCAUGUACUGUUUGCAUAUAAGGAAGCAUAGAGGAUAUUGCUCAGUGAAGGUUGAAUACCAUAAAUAUUGUUCGAGUGAGAGGUGGAAAUGAUAUCCCGAGAGACGCUUUGCGUCAAGUGAGUUAUCAUUUCUACGUUUUACGAGAACAAUAUGGUAUUCAGCCUUCACUGUGCAAUAUUCUAUUUCUUAAUCUGGACAUUUUUUCUAUAUGUAUAUAAAUGCAUAUCAGUUUAUCUGUUGCAUCCGUGAAAAAAAUAAGCAAUGUGCCAUCUUUGUCGUCUUUCUGAUUCUAUUUAUAUGUGCUGCAAUUUAGUUCACGUCCGCACUCACAAAACCUUUUUACAGUUUUAAACACUGUAAGUAAUUAUACAUCCUACAAAGGUGCGUAAUGUUAAUGCAAUAUAGGUAUUUACAUAAAUGAAGAAUUUCUGCCUCUUUUUUUUGGCGAACUAUAUAUUGUGCGUAAGUGCACUGCCUUGUGAUGCAGUCCACGAAGGGUCAAGGUCUCCAGCAGCGUAAUAGCAAAAUGUAAUAACAAAAGUGAUAUCUAACUAGUGAAGAUAUCAUUUUUAUCAUUGAAGGAAAUACUGGAAUUUCACUGAUGUAUAAAUAAUAAAUAAAUUUAUGUAUGUUUUAUUUCAAAUGAAGAUGUCUACACCUACAUGCACAUGUUUGUUUCACUCUUUUGACCAAAUGUUUUGUCAAAGCUAAUUAGAUCUUGACCGAUGAAUUUGCUGGUUUCUCUUUGGUUUAGGGAUUUGUCUGGUGCCAUAGGAGACCAGUAGAAUAUUGAAAUCAAAAGGGGCAAGUUGCAAAGGUACAAUCGUCCAAAGAAAACGGCAAUUCUCCUGUUUAUCGGAUGAAAUUGUACCAGACAUAAAAGAGACAGAGUGGCAAUUUCCAAUGUCUGUCAAUUAAUAUUGUGACCAUCAAAAAAGAGACAGAGUGGCAGUUUACAAAGUGUAUCAAUUAACAUUGUGACAGACAAAGAGGUGAUAAUUUCAGCUGUGUAUCAAUUAACAUGGCAUCAGACAAACUAAGGGGUGACCUAAAUUUUUGUUUGAGCAAACAAUUUGAACACAAAUCAAAUAUAUAUCAUAAAGUACAUGUAUGUUUCAGAUCCAGGGGCCAGUUGUUCAAGAAUAUAUGAAACUUAAGCCAGGCUUAAAUCUUAAUACCGACCUCAUCCCAAGCUAAAUGACACUUUAGUGUGGAUUAAAUACCUCGCUUAAGUUGUAAUACAUUUUUGAUCAACCUUUUCCCUGGACGGCACUUUUUGGUACAUGUACUGGGUGGUGACAUUUGUGCAUGUACAUAUGUGCUGUGUAUAGAAACAACACACUGUGAUAUAGAUGCUGGAUAUGAUUUGGGUAGAACAUAAAACAUAAUUGCACACUUAAAUGUGUUUAUGUGUUAGACUAACUGAGACUUUGAUUUUAUCUUUCCUUUUGGCUUUAUACAACUGUAAACUGAUCAAGACGCCGGAAGGAAGCCCACAUAACUAAUGUGCACCCUAAUUCAUGAACCUUUUCGACCACCUUCACCACCAAUAUUUUGAAACAUUCUCAGAGAACUUUAGGGUGUAGAGAAAUAAUUUGCACAGUUUUAUAAAGCU